CACCUUUACAGUUUAUCCCCCCAUUUUCAAGCGCACGUCACUCAUCUGGGACUGAUCAAGGACCCAAGUCAGAGCUCACGCUGGCAUUUUGCCAGCAUCUGCACGGCUCUGCAGCUAUUGUAUCGUUUCAGGAAGGCACCCUGGUCUUUUUUUUUUUUUUUUGUAAUUUUUUUUCUUUUUUUUUUUCACCCUGGUCUUUGAAGAAAGUCACACUGGGUCUAGUGUGUAUGUUUUCCUGGAUCCUCAGUUUUUGCUUUCCUCUGGGGUGGGCGGACGGGAUUCGAAGGCCAGCUCCGCGGCGGGCGCUUUCCUUCCAGAGGCGACGCGAGGCGGUAGGGAAUGUACUUGGAUCCUAGAAUUCAAGAGCGACCCCGUGGGCUCGGGGGCUCGGAAAAGUCUCUCCCUAUUCAGAAUCGACCCAGAGGGUGCUUGAAAUAAGUCGGGUUCCGGGAUCUCCCUUCGGACCUACGACUGGGAAUUUCCGCGGAUCCGGGCAGAUCUGCGUUUUCACAGCCUGCAGCCUGCAGAUGUUGAGCAGUUUGAGAACCGGAAACCUAAGGCAGCUCACUCCUCCCAAACCUGCCCAUAAAUUCCUUCAUUCUGCCUUUUUUUUUUUUUUUUUUUUUUUUUAAAUCCACGAACAGCGUUUCUUCCCUUUAAACCAGAGUUGAGGGGAGGGGUGACCUUCUGAGGGUUCGCCGAGCUCCGCCCUGGAUUCUGUAAACUCCCAACACUCGGAUCGUUUUCUGUUUCCUUUCCCAACCCUGUAGUGGUACCAGAGGUCAGCGGAGAGAAGGAGGCCCGUGUGCCGGAUCCCACAGUCUUUUAUACAACAUGACUGUGCUUUCCCGGGAUGGCUUUGUGCAGUCCAGGUUUUUUGCUGAGGGAUACUUGGAUCAUCAGACCUUCCUGCACUAUGAUCACAAAAAAGGCAGGGCAGAGCCCUGGGGACGGUGGGCUGAAAAACUGGCAGCAGAGACGUGGGAAACAGAGACCAUGGACUUGAAUGAGAGCUGGAAGGAGCUCAGAAAACUUCUAGCAGAAAUCCUGUCCCUGCAGGAGGAGAAAGGAGGCUUACAUUCCCUCCAGGAGAGCGUGGGCUGUAAUAUCGAUGAAGACAGCCACCCCCGGGGCUUCCGGCUUCUCUACUUCAAUGGGGAGCUCCUCCUCUCCUGCUACCCGGAGCCCCACGGAUGUACCCUGCCCCAGUCUUCGGCUCGGACUUUGGCCAUGGAAAUGGAGUUAAGCAAGCAUUACCAGGCCCACGUGCAGAGAGAACUUUGUUGGAGACUGCGGAGCUACCUGGAAUCCUGGACGGGCUUCACGGAGAGGACAGAGCCCCCAUCUGUGAAUGUGACCUGCAGCCAGGACUCAGAGGGCAUGGUCCACCUCACAGGAAAGACCCUGGUGCACCAGAGCUUAUGGUGGAUCGUGAGCAUUCCUGUUGUUUUUAUCAUCGGAUUUUGUGUCUAUUGUUAUAUUAAGAAGAGGGAGACAGCAUCAGCUACAGGGAGGCCAGAGCCUAUUAGCCUACAAGACCUGGGUCAAUGCCAGACAGAGCCAACUGAUCAUAAUGGCCUCGCACACCCAGAAUUUCAGUCCUCGUGUCAGACUCCGGCUCCAUCAGUUUAACAGGGGAAGCUUAGAAUCCGCCACCAGGAGGCCUGAAUUCAGUUCCUAGUUCUGGUCCUAAGAGCACUUUAUCUUUUUUGUGUGUUCUGUUAUUUAUCUUAGUAUUUUUAAAUUAUUUCUAUUUUAUGUUUUAUUUUUAACUGGAGAAUACUUGCAUUAUACUGUAUUGGUUUCUGCCAUACAGCACUGUGAAUCAGCCAUAAGUGUACAUGUAUCUCCUCCCUCUGCAACUUCCCUCCCACCUCCCCCAUCCCACCCCUCUAGGUCACUGAGCACCAGGUUGACUACGUAGUCAGGUGCUGUUCCCUCCCUGCCUGGUGCACAGUAAGGCAAUGGGAAUAGAGAACUCAUUCCAUAUCUGUUUAUCUGAAUGGGAUGAUAUAUUCUUUCAUGGUUUUAUUCAAGGUUAACAUCAUUCACACUUUUUGCAUGCAUGUUUCGAGUGUUCUUGCAUUUUAGUAAACUCUCAGGUGUCAUUUAUCACACUCAGCUCUUAUUAAUCAUAAACUUUCAUCCUCAUUUAUUUUCUUGUGUGAUUAUUUAAUCAAAGGCACAAUUGUCUAUAAAUUAAGAAGUCAAAUAUCUGUGCAUGAUUUCUCAUGAUACAGACUCUUAUUAUAAUCCUGAUUCUUCUCAAUUUCUGCUUUCCCUUUGGUGACCACUUUGAAUACUUUUUCGCUGAUUCUUUCGGCUUUUAUUUCCAAAUCUCUAACACGAUGCCUUGUUAGAACUGCUGGUUGAUUUUUCUGCCACAGCCACUGUCUGCCGCAUCACACAGUGGCUGAUGCAAUAGUUGAUAGUCAUGCUUUCACGCUUCCCAUUCCUUCAGCUCCCACUUUAUUUACAUAUUGAUCAUACUUAGUUCAUUCAGCUUUUUCUUUUCCAUGACUAUUAUACUUGUCAAGUAAAAAGAUGCUCGACUUAAA